AUGGGCCAAAGAUGCGAGUUCAAAGAUUUGGACGGUUCUUAUUUACCUUCAAGACAAAGAGUUUUAUUGGAGACGGCGUCGAUAGCCGGCGGUGCAACCAUAGCAGUGUUCCUAGUGGUAAUAGCUUGCGUGACUCUAUACCUUCACUACCAGAGGAAAUCGAAAGAGAAAAGGAUAGCGAGUUCGGAUAGGAAAGACGGAGGAGCCGAAAGAGGUUUGGAAAGGCGAGCGUUCAAUCGAUGUUUAUCGAUAUCCAUGGAACGAUUACCGGAGGACCGACCUCAUGAAAUUGAUGGUGUUGUUUAUUUUUAA